CCACUUAUGGGAAGCGAAAAACGGAGCAGCUGUUUGUUUCAUGAGCUUUUGCCGUCAACGGGAAGCAAGUGAGCUCCAUUUCGAUGGCACAUCUGCAGUCGUCAUGGACUGUUGUGAACGCUGGAAACAAUGCGAGAAAAGUCGCUGUCGCAGACAUGUAACUAACGCCUGAUAGAUAGCAUCGAACAGACAUGUGCUGACUCACAUUUAACUAUGGCAAACUGGUAAAAGGUGCCCCUCCCGUCGCGGUGCUCCCCAGCCGGUGUCUCUGCUGCCAUGGAGGUGGGCACCCUCCCCGUGGAGCUGUGGAGGGUAAUCUUAGCCUAUCUUCCUCUCCCUGACUUGGGCCGCUGCUGCCAGGUGUGCCGUGCCUGGCGAGAGCUCAUCCUCUCUCUGGAUAACACCCGCUGGAGGCAGCUCUGUCUCGGCUGCCCUGAGUGCCGACACCCAAACUGGCCCAGUCAGCCCCACCUGGAGCCACCGUCCUGGAGAGAGGCCCUGAAGCAGCACGCCGUCGCCACCCGCACCUGGACUCAAAAUGGGCCGGAGCUCCAGUCCUCUGCCUGUCUCCUCUUUUUCCGCCGCCGAAAAGACCGCAGGGUUUGGCACGUGGGACCGGGAUGCGAGUUCGAGACCCUUCGCGGGGUGCUCGGGGUGGUGGGGCCAUAUGACCGCGUGGUUCUCCAUCCAGGUGUGUAUGAGGAGCAAGCUGAAGUGGCGCUGAAGGUGCCUGUGGAGCUGGUUGGGCUGGGACGAUUAGGUGAGGUGGCCCUCCUGGUGUGUAUAGAGCAGCAAUGUCCCACUGCCAGGCUGUGCAAUCUGGUGUUCAUGCCACCCUGGUUCUCCACUGUGGUCUACAAGACGUCGUGGGGUCAUGUCCAGCUAGAUAAUUGCAACUUUGAGGGAGCUCAGUUGCAAAUCCGUGGCCCAGGAACCUGCCAGGCUCGCUUCUGCUCCUUCUCACAAGGCAGCUCUGCCCACUUGCUAGGUGUUGUCCUCAGUUUAUUGGACAGCUGUGACUUCUCAGGAAGUGACACUGCUUCUGUGACUGUUGAAGGUCCUCCAGUCUCAGAAAGGAACUGGGCUUGUAAACACUUGGCUGCACUGGCCAGGACGUUCCCAUCAUGUGGCGCAGCUGGGACUAACAACAGUCCUCCCAGAAGCCAUCAGGUUGGCUUCACUGGUGGACAUCACCCUUCAGGUGCCAAUGUGAAAAAGGAGCAUGUGAGCAUAGAAGACUGGCAGAGGAGGACUGGAGUAGAUACAGUGUGUCAGGGCACAGUGAUUGAAGACUGCUGGAAUGACGGUGACUGCAGCGAGGGAGAGGAGGAGAACCAAGAUGGAGGAGGAACUACCAACAUUAAAAACCCAUUUACAUUGGAUUACAAAAUCCCAUGUGACCAUCAUGGCCUAUCCCAUCUGCUCAAACCCCGGCCAGAUGGCUCUCUGCCACUGGCCUCCUCCCCGGAUCCCCCAUCUGUGACCCCUGAACUCCUCACCUUUCAGCAGGAACUAGACAGAGACCCGGAGGCUCAGAUGUUGGCAGCAUCCACCAUUGGCUGUAUCCUCAGACGCUGCCUCUUCAGGGAAGGGAAGGGCGGCAUGCAUUUGUCUAAUUACGGACAUGCUUGGCUGGAGGGUAAUGUGUUCCGUGGGCUGAACUAUGCUGUCCGCUGCAUUCAGAACUCCACAAUAGUGAUGCUGAGAAACGAGGUGUGUGAGUGCCGUGCAUCAGGUGUGUUCCUGCGCCUCUCUGCUCAGGGCCUCAUUGCAGAAAACAACAUCCACUCAAAUGGGGAGGCGGGGCUGGACAUCCGAAAAGGGGCUAACCCCAUCAUUGUGUGCAACAAAAUACACAGUGGUUUGCGUUCAGGGGUUGUUGUCCUUGGCAAUGGGAAAGGUUCAAUUCGGAGCAACCAGAUCUAUAACAACAAGGAAGCGGGUGUGUAUAUUCUCUUCAGCGGGAAUCCUGUGGUCAGUGGGAAUCACAUCUUCCAGGGCCAGGCAGCUGGGAUAGCUAUAAACGAGAACGGCAGAGGGAUGAUAACAGAGAAUGUGAUCAAAGAGAACCAGUGGGGAGGUGUGGACAUCCGCAGGGGAGGUGACCCCAUCUUGAGGAACAACUACAUCUGUUAUGGCUACUCAGAUGGUGUCGUGGUGGGAGAGAGAGGACGUGGACUUAUUGAGGGAAAUCAUGUAUACUGUAACAAAGGCUGUGGUGUUUGGGUAAUGUCAUCCAGCCUCCCGCAGCUCCUGGGAAACUACAUCACACAUAACUGUAUGUAUGGGCUGGCAGUGUUCUGCAGGAAGGACCCAGAGAACAUCGAGGCCAGGGAGGGGAACUGGCCAGGGCAGGAAGGGAUUGGUGGAGAUGGAGGCAGUGGGGAAAGGAGGGGUGUAGAAGGAGAAGGAAGAGAAGGACAGGAGAACUUGAAUGAAGAAGGGGAACUGUUUGCAUGGGAGAGUGAUCUGGACAGCGAGGAUGAGCGGCACUCUGCCCGGCGUUCCAUCAGUGUGGCCCUCGUGGAGAGCAACUGCAUGAACUACAAUGGAGCGGUGGGUCUGUAUGUGAAAAGCAGUGAGCCCCUGAAUGUUUUUGCAAACCUUGUCAACAGUAACCAUGGCACCGGUAUUGCUGUGCUGCAGAGCAGUCAGCUGACCCGACUGGUUACAAACUGCAUUCUUGACAACGGUCGAGGCGGCGUUACAGUGGAGAAAGACUGCCGAGUGGAGCUUCGUGGUAACGGCAUCUAUAAGAACAGUAGUCAUGGUGUCAGUUUCGGUGGUAACGGGCAGAUUGUGGAGAAUGAUGUGGUUGGAAACCAUGGAUACGGGAUCCAAGUCUCUGGCAGUGCUGACAUUAAGGUGUUGCGCAACCGUGUCCAACCAGCACAGGGCUGUGGCAUUGCUGUGCUGGGGCCAGUAAAAGGCGUUGUGCAUGACAAUCUCUUGUUCCAGGGCCACCCUGGAAACAAAAAAACACUGCUGCAUAUGGAUCCUGGCAAUGAGAGCUGUGUGGUGCGCAACAACAGUGUUCUAAGGCAUAAUAACAGCUGUACAUCUGCUCCUCCCUGGAUUUUGGAAAAUCCUCCACCUCGUCCACUGGCCAGCUCCCCUUCUGGCCUCUCCUCAUCCCAAUAUCCUUCCCGACUUGGAAUUUCCAUGACGACCAGGAUCAGCGCUACUGUAGAAAGUGGUUGCCACAGCGGCAGCAUGUUCUGCUCCAUCCUGUGAAUACUGGCGAGCACUUAGAAACCAAAUGACUUUCCCAAAAGGUCCGCAUCUGGUCAAUUUUGAACUCACAUGUAUCGACAUGCGCAGCACUGUGACCUUCUAAAAUGACGCCCUAUUGUUGAAGUGGAAUAACUGCCCAAGAAGGAUGAGGCUGCUCCAAGUAUAACCACUGAAGGGACCAUCCACCUUCCAGUGCAUUGUAGGGUGGUGCAACAGUUUUUUUUUAUCUGAAAUCAAACUUUUGUACAUUUUAUGAUAAAAUUCCAGUGCACUCGUCAAAUAUGGACUAAUGAAGUGAAGCUGAACACAUUUAAGUCCAACAACCAUUUCCAUACUGAAGCUUUAACUUGAUUAUGUUCUUUUAUGUCAUAUUCAUGCACAGAGCUGCUGUAGACUCUGUUGGGUUCGUCAGUGUGCUUCUGAGACUCACUGGUUAGGAAGUGCACAUAUAUAAAUCCUAGCAGGAGCCAGAGGCUUCAGAGAUGCAGACUGCUUCAACCAUGUUUCAAGUAAAGCUGUGCCUUGUUUGUUAAUUUAGUGAUUGUAGCUAGGGGAGGAGUUGUCAUAGUGUGCAGUGUACGUAUAUGCAAAAACAAAAAACAAAGCCAAACUUAAGCUUCUGCCUCUUGCACAGAGCUGCUCUGUUUCCUGGUGAGUCUGUUUAAAUCGUGUCCCCCGUGUUUAUAAAAUGCGAUGCCUUUCAGCUUUCUUGGACUCGCUGAGAGAGGACACGUUAUCAUUCCAGAUACUAUCAACUCGCUGCACAGUGACACGAUCACACAGACUGACCUGGUAAUAGCCAGUUCAAGAAGGAAAAAUGAUGUUCAGUGUGCAAUAUGUGCUGUCUACAAAUGUGCCUAUACGUUCUGACCGUCUAAGCUAGAUGUUUUCUGUCAUCUAGAGUUUGUUUACAGUUCAUUACUCUGCUUUUUUUGUAUCUUGCACAGUAAGCAUUUAACAAAAUCAUGUACAACUCAAAGUUCACCACUUUAUUUGUCUACAAAAUCCAUUAAUAAACAAUCCUCAUUUGUGACAU